AUGUACGUUUAUUUAGGCACAGGUACACACCACCCGGCCACGAGGUCCAGACCACCCGGCCACGAGGUCCAGACCACCCGGCCACGAGGUCCAGACCACCCGGCCACGAGGUCCAGACCACCCGGCCACGAGGUCCAGACCACCCGGCCACGAGGUCCAGACCACCCGGCCACGAGGUCCAGCCACCCGGCCACGAGGUCCAGACCACCCGGCCACGAGGUCCAGACCACCCGGCCACGAGGUCCAGACCACCCGGCCACGAGGUCCAGACCACCCGGCCACGAGGUCCAGACCACCCGGCCACGAGGUCCAGACCACCCGGCCACGAGGUCCAGACCACCCGGCCACGAGGUCCAGACCACCCGGCCACUAGGUCCAGACCACCCGACCACGAGGUCCAGACCACCCGGCCACGAGGUCCAGACCACCCGGCCACGAGGUCCAGACCACCCGGCCACGAGGUCAGCCAGGCCACUCCGGACCACGAGGUCCAGACCACCCGGCCACGAGGUCCAGACCACCCGGCCACGAGGUCCAGACCACCCGGCCACGAGGUCCAGACCACCCGGCCACGAGGUCCAGACCACCCGGCCACGAGGUCCAGACCACCCGGCCACGAGGUCCAGUAGACCACCCGGCCACGAGGUCCAGACGCCACGAGGUCAAAGGCCACGAGGUCAGAGCCAAGUAGACAUCAAAGGAAUGAGCCGAGGCCAAGAUAUCAUAAGUAAGCAAGUUUUGGUUAAUCUCUUACACAAGUUAUUUCUUGUUACAGUUCACUCUCACUAUGACUUGUCAGCUGAAGGUGUUUUUGCAAAGCAUCAUGCAGUUGUGAAGAAGGAAGCAGAGAAGUAUGCUAAAGCUGCUUUGAAAGAUAGCACUGGCUUAGAGACUGCUCAACAGAUAUCCUUGCUGACAGAAACAUUUAAAAAGGCAGACAGCAACACUGAUGGCUUUUUAGAGAUGUCAGAGUUGUCUGUGUGGAUCACUGCAAAGAUCAAAGAACAUCUCACCAUGGCAUUGAAAGAGAACUUCUUCAUGUUCACAGCAAUAGAUCAAGACCCAAGGAAUGGUGUAGUGUCUUGGAAUGAGUUCCAGCGGUACUUCCUAAAGCAGCAUGGGUAUGAUGAUAAAUACAUUGAGGAACACAAGAAAAAUCAUAAAGGAAUGCCUAGAGAAUUAAAAGAGACCAUUAUGAGGGAUAAGGCAAUGUGGUCAGAAGCUGCCAGGGAUAAUCCUGAUCAACUGACCAUUGAUGAAUUUUUGGCAUUCAGACAUCCAGAAUCAUCUCAUGCAACUAUCUUGAGCAUAGUUGAAGAAACUAUUUCCAGAUUGGAUAUUGAUGGAGACAACAAAUUAAGCGAAGAUGAAUUUUCAGAUCCAGAUAUGAAUGAAGUUCCCGAUGACUUGACAGUAGAGCAGUACAGGAAUGAUCGCCAAAGAGAAUUUAAAAUUGCUGAUGAAGACAACAGUGGCAAAUUAGAUAGAAGAGAACUGUUGCGGUACAUUGAUCCACGAAACAUCCACCAUGCAGAGAAAGAAGCUGUCAAUCUCUUUAGUGCAGCUGAUGCCAACCAAGAUGGAGUUUUAACGCUUGUUGAGGUUCUUGCUGAGAGAGAGUUAUUCAUGAGGAGCAAGAUGGUUGACGCUGCUAAAAGCUUCCAUGAUGAGUUCUAAUUGCCUUUUCUUUUAUAUAAAAACAGUGCAGUAAACCCUCAGUUUAAUGGGCUAAUUGGUGAGGAACCAGUGGCCAGUAAUCGCAGUUUAGCAGAUAGUAAUGAGGUUGCUCUGCUUUGAUUGUUACAACUGUGGACACUUUUUUAACCAACAGUGGAUUUUGUCCCAUAUUUCUGAAGUCUGUUAGAUUGAGGGUUGACUGUAACUAAUGUUGAAAAUGUAAAUACUGUAUUAUGCAUAGAUUUUAUGUAUAUGUACAUGUAUAUAUGUAUGUAUGCAAUAAGAUCACAGUAAACAAGUGAUAUUAUAAUAUGCAGAACAACCACUGUGAAAAAGUAGUAAACUUCCAAGCACUUUCAUGAUUUCUUACGUUAUCAAGAAACUGUGAUAAUGCGAGAAAUCACGAAAGCACCUUGAGGUUCACUAUUUUCUCACUGGUGCUUCUGCUUAUAUACGUAUAUACAUUCAGUAUUACUUUGUACUUAUCGGGUGAAUUCCACUUUUUCCAAUACAGCACAGUGUACUUAUGCUUGGCUUUAGAGCAUUCCAUGACUUGUUAUAGUUUUAUAUAUAAAAGUUGUUAAAUAGCAAAUUUUUUUUUUUUUUUUUUUUUUUUUCAACAAGUCGGCCGUCUCCCACCGAGGCAGGGUGACCCAAAAAAGAAAGAAAAUCCCCAAAAAGAAAAUACUUUCAUCAUCAUUCAACACUUUCACCACACUCGCACAUUAUCACUGUUUUUGCAGAGGUGCUCAGAAUACAACAGUCUAGAAGCAUACACAUAUAAAGAUACACAACAUAUCCCUCCAAACUGCCAAUAUCCCAAACCCCUCCUUUAAAGUGCAGGCAUUGUACUUCCCAUUUCCAGGACUCAAGUCCGACUAUAUGAAAAUAGCAAAUAUUUUUUUAUAAUAUAAAAUAUUAUUUUGUAUGUUUAUUGCCCUCCUCACUUGGGGGUUUAUGCAGAACCUGCAGACAGCAUUAUUCCAUUACAUUAUUCUGUAUUGAUAAUAGAUUUGGAUUAAAAAACCACAUAUUUUUUUUUUUUUUUUCCCCCAACAAGUCGGCCGUCUCCCACCUCACUCACACAUAAUCACUGUUUUUGCAGAGGUGCUCAGAACACAACAGUUUAGAAGCAUAUACGUAUAAAGAUACACAACAUAUCCCUCCAAACUGCUAAUAUCCCGAAACCCCUCCUUUAGAGUGCAGGCAUUAUACUUCCCAUUUCCAGGACUCAAGUCCGGCUAUAUAAAAAUAACCGGUUUCCAUGAAUCCCUUCACUAAAUAUUAUAUAUAAGUUAUCAAGGUAUAUACAUGUACACCACAUUGUUAGUAUAAGAAAUUAGUAUCAUAUUUUAGCUUUUACUACAAAUUUUAUUACUGCAUAACCUUUAAUAUGCAGGAUGAUUAUUGUUUCAGGAAAAUGUUCAUUAUAUUUAAUUGUGCAGCUCACUUUUACAUAUAGUAGGUGAAUCAAUCAUGCUUUAUAAAAAUAUGGUAUAGGUUUUGUGUUAUACAAAAUACAUAACAUACCCAGUAUGGUUAACAUUCCUUGUAUAAUUAUUUUAUAUUUGUUUCGCCGGCUUUAUAUGUGAGGAGUGUGUUUAUGAAUGUGCGCAAAUGUGACAGCAUCAGCCCUUCUCUGUAAGUCUUAUUUUUGCUUCCACUAUGUGGAGGCUAAUUCUCAUGGUAUUAUAAUAUUGAAAUUACACAUAAUUAAUUUUUGUCACUUGUAUUGUGUAUAUCUAGAGCAGAUGUUACAAACUCAGAGUAUUAAGUGCACAACUGAGUUGUAACUUGUAAACAGAUCAAUUAUAUGAAAAUGUUAUUUUCACUAGUUUGGUCAGGUUUAAUGCUUGUUUCCGAAUCUAAUGAAAAUUCACCAGUUUUGGUAGGUAAUCCCCAAAAGCUCCCUGAUGGAAGGUCCUUUACAUGCCUAGUGGGCAACUUUUUGCUGUGGGGGUUUCAGCUCGCUCAGGAUGGCCAUAACAUGUAAAGAUCAAACUGUACACUGUCGUUAGCAUUUUCUAUGCACAGGAACCUGUAAACCUGUUGUCUCUUGCCUGGGAUUUGAGCCUGCUGUGGAGCUGCAUCCCUCGGGUAGGCAAAAAACUUCAGUAAGGGCAUAGGUCAAAAAAAAGAGGUUCAUUUCUCACCCUGCUUGAGUCAGUUAGCAGGUCUUGCAUCCCUUUCCACUAUCUGGUGGGGUAAUGUAUUCAGCUAGAGGGAGUGUACAUCAGUGCACUGGCAUUAUUUUGGUCCUGUGGCUGCCAUUUAGCUAGCUGUUGUUUGCUCCUGUAUCUGUUAGCCUGGGGUCAUUUUAGUACACAGGUAAACCUUCUCUUAUUGGACUAUGAUGGAUGGGGAAAUAGAGAGUUGAAGAUUAUUAUUAUUAUAUUAUUUAGCAGGUAAGUGAUUUUACCUACUUUUCAACAAUGCCAUAAGUGCUAUUGUUUUGGACAUCCUGCUCUAUUUUGUCAUUCAUAUGAAGAUUGCCUUAACAGUGCCUUGCUGGUUAAUAGUCUUAAUAAUCAUUUCAGGCAUUCAUUAAGAGGCACCAUUAGCAUGCAUGUUUAAUCCAGAGUUUAUCUUGCGGUGUACAGGGACAGGGCUCUGGUGGAUAAAGCUCUCGCUUCACAUGGCGAGGGUCUGGGUUCAGUUCCCAGCUAGGGUAGAAACAUUGGGCAUGUUUCUUUACACCUGCUGUGUGUUCAUCCAUCAGGAAAAUGGAUUACCUUGGUGUUAGUCGACUGGUGUGGGUCACAUCCUGGGACACUGACCUAAUUUGCCCGAAAUGCUGAGCAUAACGAGGGGCUUUCUAUAUAGUAGUGUCAUUGAUGUCAGCUAGGCCUGUAUACCAUGUACAUGUAGUAAAUAGAUAUUAUUAUUAUAAUAAUAAUUACUGCAGUCCAGGACCUGUCCAUCUCUUCCAAGGAUGUAUACCCUAUUCAGACUACUGGUGUUGUCCAAGAGCAUUUAGGAUUAAUGGUAAUUUCAUUGGUCCAAGUUAAAGGACAACAAGCUGCUCUUGAUCAAAUCUCAGUUGGAUUUUUUUGCCUUCUUUUCACUGCUGUUGCAUUUGAGAAAUAGCUUUUGUACAACUGCAUGUUGGCCACAAGAGACUUGCACAUAGUUGUCACAUGGAGAGGCACCUAGCACUUCCCUAUGCAGUUUGUCAGGCCCUGCUGACAGACACCUUUUGAUUAAUUGUGUGAACACAUGGAAUUCAUGUCCUGUCUGUGGUUCAGCACCUAGGAACUCUCACAUUACCUGCUCACUUUUCAGAAACCCUUACUUUAGGUUCAGACGCACUAUAAAUUUUGGUUGAAAGAGGCUCAUUAUGCCAACUUCGACUUUCCAUGUUAGCUCAUAGAUUCAUUAGUCACGCUGCUCCCUUUUUCCCAGUAGCUUCCUUCAGCCUCAUUUGUGAAUAUUACAUAAUAAUUAAGAGUGUAUAAUUUUUAUAAAAGGCUAUACAGGAGGGCCCCAUUUUUUUUUGGUGGUUAGGUUCCUGACCCCUGCCAAUAAGCAAAAAUUGCUUAUUAGCAGGGGUCAUUAAAAAUGCCUGAUAAUAUAUGAUAGUAGUGUAAACAUGUUAAGUUCUCAAAACAGCUAGGCCUAAAAAGAACAAUAUGAAAGUAAAGUGAAUAUACAGUACGUACAAUACUCACCUUAAAAUAUUGUGCCAGACGCCUCUCCCUGAUGCAGCUGUUGUGCAAAAAUGGUGGAAAAAGUGCUGAACAUAAUGAACACUGGCUCAGUUGACUUCUGCCAAAAUAGUGGGACACUGAAACAUGGGGCCUUCCUGUACUGUUUCAUGCAUGUGAAUAUUCAUUAUAAAAUGCUAUGCAAAUCACUCAUUUAUUGCUUCAUUCAUAAAAUCUCAGCUAACCACAAGUCUUAUUUUGUGGGUUGUGCUUCAGGAAGCUGAAUAGAAGUACACUGUAUAUAUAAGUAUGUAUAGCUGUACAGAAGUAUUUUGGUAUAAAACAUUUAUACAGUAAUUGGCUAAGAGGAUAUCAUGAGGGAGUGAACUGUAAAUAAUGCUACCCUAAUUCCCUUCUCUUAAGUGACUAGCCAGGAGCAUGUGCUAGUGGUCCUUUUGCUACUGUAUUUCAGGAGUGAUAUGCAUUUUGUUUCUUAGUGUUAGUUUUUGUUUGUCAGUAGGGUAGGAACUAGGCAAGUGUGGUCAGUAGCAUGUCUCAGGCUUAGUGGAUGGAGGAUCAAGUAUGUACCACUCCUUGUUUUGAUUAGUACCACAGACUUUGAUGAUUUGUACUGUAUCCAUGAAGCCUGUGUGAUAUCUUUAGUAUACGUAUAUCACACAGGCUUCAUGGUACAUACUUGAUCCUUCAUCCACUAAGCCUGAGACACGCUACUGACUGCACUUACCUACUUCCUACCCUACUGACAAACAAAUGGCAUAGUGAAUGCACAAAUGGUAGUUUUUUUGCAUAAUUUGCCACUUUAAUUUGAUUUAGAUACAAUUUUUCAGGUUUUUAUCAUUUUACCCAAAUUUGUAAAUAACUUGCAUAUAUGUUUCAUUUACACAAUUUUUAGGCAUUUAUUUUAAAAAUAUAAAUAACCUAUUGGGUUUUCACACAUUCUAUAAAGCAAACAAAAGCGUUGGUUUUGCAUUUCACAGUCCUGGAGUGCAAAUUGUUCAUGUAAAAGUAGUAUUAACUUCUGAAAAUGAUAGGUACAGGUGCAAUAUAUAUGUGAUGACAUUCAAAACAGUAUCAAUUCUUAGAACAUGUUUAAGCAGAAAAUGUGUUGAGAACUAUUACCUUCAUGGUGGUCAGUAUGUGCAUGAAAACAUGAAUAAAAUAUAUUGUUUUAUCUAUAAAACUUACUUAGCUUUUAAUCGUGAAUUUGGUCAUGCCAUAGUAUAGUACUUCAUUUGGACUGUGUAAUGAUUAAUAAUAAGAGAGAAUUGUUUUGGGGGGAUUUGAGUGUGAGCAAGAUAAAGUCUGAAGGAAUGAACCAUUUGAUCUUCAUGGGUUUAGUGUUCAGUUUAGUGAAAGUAUUGUUUCCACUUAUAAUAGUUCCAUAUGCCUAAAUAUAACCAUUUGAAUGUAGACAGAAUUAAAUUAAAUAUGAUAAAGAUAGCCAUCAAUUUUCAAAAUCUUAAUUAUGUACUGAAACUUUAAUAUACUUAAGGCUUAAAGUCCAGGCACUGUAUGACCCUUGUCAGUUUGGCGCUUUCUUUGAUUAUAAUAAUAAUAAUUAGAAGUCCAAUUGCUUACUGCCAUUUUUAUUUUUAUCAAAAGAUGCUGUACAUAAAAACCGUCAUUCAUUCAGAUGUUUAUCUGUAAGAGCUAUGAACAAGUUACUUAUUUUUGUACUUGGGAAAUACUUUAAAUGAAAUUUUGUAAAUCUUAACAGCGCUGUAUGACCCUGGUGGUUUAGCGCUUAGUUUUAAUUAUAAUAAAAAUAAUAGUGUAAACCUUAAGGUUUAAGAGGUAAUACAGUUUAUUAAAGGUUUAGAAACUUAUAAAUACAUUAAAGGUUGAUUCUGUAUCAUCAGUACUCACUAAAUCUCAAGUGCAGUAGCAUAUGGGACUGGAAAUUAUGUACCUCAGCAUGAUUCUUAUUUGUUUGUACUAUUUGUCUUCAAGAAUAUUCAAAAUUACAACUUAAAACUCUGUAUACAUGUACCUUUCCUCAGUAAUGUGAAUGUGGAGUAUUUUAUUCAUUGUACUUUAUAAAAUGUUUUCCCGUACUUCCGUGAGUGAUAUUAAAAGCAUUACUAUUUAUAUUACGAAUAGUUUGUUUAAAACAGUUGAUCUAAAAGUUUUUUAGUCACUGAAUCAAAAGUUGAGAUUUUUUUCUGAAUGUAUUUGACACCUUCUGUGAUAAACUAAAGUUAAGAAAAAAUUAUUAUAUUUGCUGUGAUGCAGAGAUUAUGGAAUUACGAAUGUAACCUGAAUCAAUUAAAAUAUUCAAUAUCAAG